AUGACUGCUCUGCUUCUCAACGCCAGCAUUCCAGGGAGUACAGCAUCUCUGCUGGUGACCACUGACUGUCCAUUUAACCUAACGGCAGCUGCUCAGGCAGGACAAGGAUCAGGCCACUCACUUGCCCCACUCUGUACCGUCUGUUGCUGCGGGGUCCUCAAUCGCACUCUGGCAGUGGCGUUCAUGGUCAGUCUGGCGUUUGCGAUUGUGAUUGGGAAUGUGGUCACACUUACAGUGUUUGUUCAAACGAGGCAGUCAAGAACACCACAGGGAUACUUGAAAGUGUCUCUGGCCAUAGCAGACAUGAUGGUUGGUGUUCUUGUGGUGCCUUUCUCUGUCUACACUGAAAUAUCUCUGAUGGUGACCAGCACUCCUCCCAUUUGGUACCAGGGCAGUACUAUUUCGUCAUCCCUUGGUGGACUGGUGAGCCCUUGGCAGCCAUGCAUGUUGAUUGGUCCUGUGUUUGCUGGAUGCACUUUUGUCUCCAUCAGCACCAUCUUCCUGAUGACCCUGGAGCGCAGUGUGGCCAUCCUGUGGCCGCUCCACAAGGAUGCACUGGUGACCCGAAGACGAACGCUGCUCCUCAUCCUCCUCUCCUGGGCUGCCAGCUUCUUGCUGGCUCUCGCUCCUCUCAUGUUCAGCAACAACUUCACUUUGGAGUACAAUGAGUGUAGUCGUAUGUGUAACUACACCCCACUAUUGUUUAGAGGCCGGCUUCCACCUGAUGCCAACAUUCUUUUGUUAUUCCCAGCAUUUGACUUCACGCUGCUUGGGGGCACAUUAGCGGUUAAUAUUGUGUCGUUCACUAGCAUUCGACGGUACACCCAAAAACGCAAGCUGCUCUCAGAGGGAAGUCUGAGUGAUGGAGGGGGAGGAGGUGGAGGAUGCUCUCAUAGGCCCUCCUUUUCAGACAUCAAAGCUGCAAAGACAAUUGGCAUAUUAACAUUUGCCUUCACAACGUCCUUCUCUCCCAUCGCAGUGUUUGUGCUUGGAAAUGUGGUGGGAUACACCUGGUGUAACUUUUCUUUCUUUGCCUUCUGGAUUUUGACAGGAAACAGUUGCUGUAAUGUCAUUAUCUACAGUGUCAGGGACCACCGCUUCAGGAAGGGUGUAACCCUGCUCUUUCAAAGAGAACAGUCCCCCCCACAUGCUGAGAAGACCUGA